GGCUCCUACUCCUCCUUCCUCCCCGCGCCCUCCGCAGCUCCUAUUGGCUGCGGCCGGCUCCGCCCCGGCACGUGAGCUCCCGUCAUGCCUCGCAAGCGGCCGUUCAGCGCGAAGCGGAAGAAGCAGCAGCUGCGCGAUCGGCGCGAACGGAAACGGGGUGAUGCCCCGGCAGGGCCGGACUCGGGCCCGGGGAGCCGCAGUGGGAGCCGGGAACGGGGCAGCGAUGCGGCCCCGGUUGAAGCGGGAGACCCGUGGCCCCCUCCCUGCCGCCACGACCCCGGCAGGUUUCGGCUGCAGCUGGGGGGGCCGCGGGCCGAAGCCUUGGCGCGCCGCCGGCGCCGGGCUCAGGAGGAGCUGCUGGAGCUGCUGCCCGAGACCGCCCUUGAGCUGGACCCUGAUAGUAUCUACGGCCUUGGGCUGGACUUCCCACGUCGGCCACCCUGGAGCUUCGCCAUGAGCCCGGAGGAGCUGCGUGUGCGGGAGGAAGCAGCUUUCAGUGCCUUCCUCCGAUCCCUCCGGGAGGACCAGCACCCCCGGGGGGCUGAGGAGGGGGGCAGCAAUGGUGACGAUGAUGAAGGAGGUGUGGCACCAUUCGAACACAACCUGGAGACAUGGCGGCAGCUCUGGCGGGUGCUGGAAAUGUCUGACAUCAUCCUCCUCAUCACUGACGCCCGGCAUCCGGCACUGAAUGUGCCGCCAGCGCUGGCUACGCACGUGACGCGGGAGCUGGGGAAGGGCUUGAUCCUCAUCCUUAACAAAGUGGACUUGACCUCGCCUGCUGUGGCCACCGCCUGGAGCCACCUUCUGCGCCGCCGCUUCCCCUCCGCCCGCGUUGUCCCCUUCACCUCUGCCCCCCAACGGAUCCCCAUGUCUGGGCUGCAACGGCGGCAGAGGCGGGGGGGUGGAUGGAGCCGAGCUGUGGGACCCCGGCAGCUGCUGGAAGCUUGUGAGAGCAUUGUAGGGGGAGAAGUGGACCUGAGCAGCUGGCGAGCACGGCUGGACCGGGCGGAGGAGGCAGCGGCACGGGGAGAGGAAGAGGAGGAAGAAGAGCAGCAGGAGGAGGUGGGGGAUGGUGAGGAGGCGGGUGACGAUGACGAGGACAGCGCCGGCGCCAUGGUGGCCCCCCGGCAGUGGGAGCGCUACCGGCAUGGCAUCCUCACGCUGGGCUGUGUUGGCCUGCCGAACGCGGGCAAGUCUUCGGUGCUGAAUGCGCUGGUGGGGCGCAGCGCUGUCAGUGUCUCCCGUGCCCCUGGCCGCACCCGCUACUUCCAGACGCAUUUCCUCACCCCCCGUGUCCGACUCUGCGACUGCCCAGGCCUCGUCUUCCCCUCCCACGCCCCCCCGGCUCUCCAGGUGUUGGCGGGCGUCUACCCCAUCUCGCAGCUGCAGGAGCCCUACUCGGCCGUGGGCUUCCUGGCCUCCCGCCUCCCGCUGCCACUGCUGCUCCAGCUGCGGCCUCCCAGCACCGCCGCCGGCUGGACCGCCUGGGACAUCUGCGAAGCCUGGGCUGAGAAGCGAGGCUACAAGACAGCAAAGGCAGCCCGUAACGAUGUCUACCGGGCGGCCAACAGCAUCCUGCGGCUGGCAGCGGAUGGGCGACUCCGCCUCUGCCUGCGCCCCCCUGGCUAUGCCGCCCAGAAGGAUCUGUGGGAGCAGCACCCUGAGACGGCAGCGCUGGCGGCGUUGCAGGAGCAGGGGGACCCAGGUGCGAGGGGCUCGGCCCCCCCUGGGGAGGGGUCCACCUCGGAGGAGGAGGGGAGUGACAGCGGUGAGGAGGUGGAGCCUGUGGAGGCCACGCCCCCUGCCAGCACUGGCCACAACCCCUUUGCGCUGCUGGGAGAGGAUGAGUGUUAGCCCCGCCCCUCGGGGCGGAGCCAAUCAGAGGUCAAGACAUAUACCACUGUGCUAAUACCAUAUAUGAAAUAAAGGGAGGUUUAUUUCUGCA